AUUGAAAUGUACUCUUACUCUGAUUUCAAUGAUUGGAAAACAGUUAGUAGAAGUUAAAAAGCCCAUUGAAUCAGCAGGCCCAUAAAAUUUGUCCUCAUAUUUCUUCUCGUUAAACCCUAUGGACCACAGUAACUAUAAAACCGUCUCUUCCAUUUUCUACAACUUUUUUUCCAAAUUCAUUCCUAACAAAAAACCAAAACAAUGAAUCCUUCAUCAACUCUCACACCUUAUUCUUCUUUCAUUCCAUUACCUUUCUCACUCUCUUCAUCUUCCAAACGACACCGUUUCAGAGUCUCAUUCCCUUGCUCUUCUUCUUCUUCUUCAUCAUGUUCUGUAUCAUCUUCUGUUUCUCCGCAGAAAGACCUAGCCGGAAUUGAACACGUCGUCGAUAAACUAUCACCGCCAAUCCGCCUCGCUACAUCCGCCGUUGUUAUUGCCGGAGCUGUAGCCGCCGGGUUUAGUCUUGGUUCCAAGUUCGGUGGAAGUCGAAAUGCCGCCGUUGGAGGUGCUGUUGCUUUGGGCGUGGCCGGUGGUGCUGCUGCUUUCGCUCUUAAUGCGGCUGCUCCGCGAGUCGCUUCCGUGGAUUUGCAUAAAUUUGUUGCUGGUCUUGAUGAUCCUUCUAUGUUGAAGAACGAAGACAUUGAUGAAAUCGUUAAUAGGUAUGGUGUGAAAAAGCAGGAUGAAGUAUUUAAAGCAGAGCUUUGUGAGAUAUAUAGAGAGUUUGUGUCGUCUGUGCUUCCUCCGGGUGGUGAGGAACUUAAAGGUGAUGAGGCUGAUAGGAUUAUUAGCUUUAAGAAUUCUUUAGGAAUUGAUGAUCCAGAUGCAGCUAACAUGCAUAUAGAGGUUGGUAGGAAAUAUUUCAGGUUAAGGCUUGAAGUUGGGGACCGUGAAGCAGAUAUUGAACAACGCAAGGCAUUUCAGAAGUUGAUAUUUGUAUCAUAUCUUGUUUUUGGGGAGCAAUCAUCUUUCCUUUUACCUUGGAAGCGUAUUUUCAAGUUCACCGAUUCACAGGUUGAAGUAGCUAUACGUGACAAUGCCCAACGAUUGUAUGCUUCCAAGCUGAAAUCCAUUAGCAGAGAUAUUGACACAGAACAACUUGUUACACUUAGAGAAGCUCAACGUUUGUAUCGGCUAUCUGAUCAGGUUGCUGAAAACUUGUUCAAGGAGCAUACAAGGAAAAUGAUUGCGGAAAUUAUUUCAGUAGCACUUAAUAUACUUAAAUCCCGCACAAGAACUGUUCCUGGAGUUAUUGAGGCAGUAGAGGAGCUUGAUAAGAUAUUGGCAUUCAACGAUUUACUCAUCUCAUUAAAGAACCAUGCGGAUGUGGAUCGCUUUGCCCGUGGUGUUGGCCCUGUUUCGUUGCUGGGUGGUAAGUAUGAUGGUGAUAGAAAGAUAAUAGAGGACUUGAAACUCCUUUACAGAGCAUAUGUUACAAAUGCUUUGACUGGUGGUCACAUGGAAGAUAAUAAGCUUGCUGCACUAACUCAGUUGAGGAAUAUAUUUGGGUUGGGUAUACGCGAAGCAGAAGAGAUUACAAUUGAUGUUACAUCCAAAGUAUAUCGCAAACACCUUGCGAAGGCUUUUUCUGGCGGUGAGUUAGAAAUGGCAGAUAGCAAAGCAGCAUUCCUUCAAAGUUUGUGUGAUGAACUGCACUUUGAUCCACAAAAGGCCUGUAAAAUUCACGAAGAAAUUUACCGCCAAAAGCUUCAGCACUUGGUGACUGAUGGAGAGCUUAGUGAGGAGGGUGCUGCUGCUUUGUUGAGGUUGCGUGUAAUGCUUUGUAUUCCUCAAAACACUGUUGAAGCAGCUCAUUUAGAUAUCUGUGGCAGUUUGUUUGGAAAGGUUGUCAUGGAAGCAAUUGCAUCAGGGGUUGAUGGGUUUGAUGCUGAAGUUAGGAAAUCAGUAAGAAAAUCAGCACAUGGUUUGCAACUAACCAGGGAAAUUGCUAUGUCUAUUGCAAGCAAGGCCGUAAGGAAGAUGUUUAUUACCUACAUAAAACGUGCACGAGGUGCUGAAGAUUCUAAUGAGUCUGCAAAAGAACUCAAGAAGAUGAUAGCUUUCAACCGUUUGGUUGUGACCGAGUUGGUGAAGGACAUUAAAGGGGAGUCGGAUGAUGUAUCAGCUGAAGAACUUGUAGAGGGUGUGUCAAAAAUUGAAGAUGAAGAAUGGGAUGCUCUUCCAACACUCAGGAAAACAAACCCAGACAAAGAACUUAUAGAAAAGAUGGGGAAGCCUGGUCAGACUGAAAUUAAUCUUAAAGAUGACCUUCCAGGAAGAGAUAGGACUGAUCUUUACAAGACAUACUUGCUUUAUUGCUUAACUGGUGAUGUGACGAAGAUUCCAUUUGGAGCCCAGAUUGCUACAAAGAAGAAUGAUUCAGAAUUUAUUUUUCUAAAUCAGCUUGGUGGGAUUCUCGGUAUGAGUGUUAAAGAAAUAGUGGAUGUACAUAGAAGCCUUGCAGAGCAAGCUUUUAGGCAACAAGCUGAAGUAAUUUUAGCUGAUGGACAGUUGACAAAGGCCAAGGUGGAGCAACUUAUUAAUCUACAGAAAGAAGUAGGCUUACCCGAAGAAUAUGCUCAGAAGGUAAUCAAGAGUAUAACCACUACUAAAAUGGCAGCUGCCAUUGAAACCGCAGUGACACAAGGACAGCUGAAUAUUAAGCAGAUAAGAGAACUAAAGGAAUCUGGUGUUGAUUUGGACAACAUGGUAUCAAAUAACAUGAGAGAGUUGCUCUUCAAAAAAACUGUUGGUGAUAUUUUCUCAUCAGGCUCUGGUGAGUUCGACGAGGAGGAAGUAUAUGAAAAUAUCCCAUCAGAUCUCAACAUCAGUAAAGAGAAAUCAAGAGAUGUUGUCCGACAGCUUGCACAAUCUAGGUUAUCAAAUUCACUCAUUCAGGCUGUGGCACUAUUAAGACAGAGAAAUCAUAGAGGAGUGGUUUCUUCACUCAACGAUAUACUGGCUUGUGACAAAGCAAUGCCCUCACAUCCAUUAUCAUGGGAAUUGUCAGAGGAGCUUGCUGAUCUUUACACCAUAUUCAUAAAGAGUAAUCCCACUCCUGAAAAAUUGACUCGUUUGCAGCAUCUGUUGGGCAUACGUGAUUCCACCGCAGCUGCUCUUCGGGAGAUGAGAGGUAGAUUAAUCAAUACUGCAGUGGAGGAAGAAGAGUUUGUAUUCUGAGUGUUGUAACAAAAUAAUUGUUAAUAGGCAUAUCGAACAUAUGCCGACCAAUUUUGAUUUGUGAUUUCUUUUAAAGGAGUGAGAGAUUGCGUCUCGAUCAGAGAUUCUUGGAAAAGUGAUGAAAACAGAUUUAUACUUACAGUUGGAAUUUCAGAUAGCCAUAUAUAUUGAGAUCAUUCAAUUUA